AUGGCAAAGGGCAUGUCCGUGGCCAUCUUGGUGGUCUCCUGGGCGGAGACCUUUGUGGGCCUGACGUUUUUGACGCUGCGCUUUGUGAGCAAUUGGAAGUUUGUGGGCCGCUUUCGCUGGGAUUUUGCAAUUGCGUCUUUGACGGUGCUCACCGAAAGCACCGCCCAGAUCUUUCUCCAGCUCUCCGUCAAUGCGGGCAUGGGCCAGCAUAUCGCCGUUCUAUCAGACACACAGCGAGUGGCCGCCUUGCACUGGGGAUGGGUCUUCCAACUUCUUGCAAUCGGAGCAAGUAUGCUCGGCAAGCUGGCCAUCCUGGCAUUCCUGAUGCAGGUCCGGGGCCGGCACGCCUCGAAGCCGUGGCUCCUGAUUAUUCUCGGGGUGUUGAUUUUCGCCGUCAAUAUCACCGUCAUGGGAACUAUUUUGGGCCAAUGCUCGCCGAUGGAGAAGCUGUGGGAUGACUCGCUUCCGGGGACAUGCGAUCCAGGUCGUCUGAUGAACCAAAACUAUUCAUUCUUCCAAGCGAGUUUCAACACCUUUGCCGAUGCCGCUUUGGCAACAUACCCGGUUCAUCUGUUCUGGAAGUUGCAGAUGAAAUUGCGCAUCAAGAUUGCGCUGUCGAUCCUCAUGGGACUGGGAUGGAUUGCUGCCGUCUGCUCCGCAGUCAAAUGCUACGAGCUCAAGGCCUUGACCGAGACAACCGACAUUACCUAUGCACAAGCCUCUCUCCUCAUCUGGGCCUCCACCGAAGCAUGGAUCGUCAUCGUCGUCGGCUGCGUCCCACCCAUCCGCCCCCUCAUGGAACGAGUCCUCCAACACCUAGGCCUAACAAGCAAAAAGACCUCGACCCCGUACAACCUCCAAAGCCCGAAUGCCUACGUCGCAUAUGGCACCAACCGCUCCAACGGCGCCAGUCACUCGCACUACCAAUCCAGCGCGUUCGGCGGCCGCAAGCCGUUCAGUCGCGACGAGGAAGACGUGGACUGGAUGGAGCUCACGGAUGCGCGCGGGUCCAGUGCCAGUAAGGAGCAGAUCAUUGGAGGCAAGGAUGUCAUGGUCACGACGGAUAUCGUGACGCAGUUCGAGGAGCGCAGGAAUCACCGUGCGGGCUCGUCGGGUGGGAGUCAGACGUCGGGCGAUGAGGCCGCUCGCGAGACUACCGACACUCAAAAAGUGGUUUAA